CCAUGGUCACCGCUGACUCCAAGUACUGCUACGGUCCCCAAGGCAGCAGGAGCCCGUAUAUCCCCCCCCAAACGGCCCUGUGCCUGGAAGUCACCCUGAAGAUGGCAGAGGAUGGACCUGACCUAGAGAUGCUGAGUGGGCAGGAGCGUGUGGCUCUGGCCAACCGCAAGCGGGAGUGUGGCAAUGCCCACUACCAGCGUGCUGACUUUGUGCUGGCUGCUAACUCCUAUGACUUGGCCAUCAAGGCCAUCACCUCCAGUGCCAAAGUGGACAUGACCUGUGAGGAAGAGGAGCAGCUGCUACAACUGAAGGUCAAGUGUCUGAACAACCUUGCAGCAUCGCAGCUGAAGCUGGACCACUACCGUGCAGCACUGCGCUCCUGCAGCCAGGUGCUUGAGCACCAGCCCGACAACAUCAAGGCACUGUUCCGCAUGGGCAAGGUGCUGGCUCAGCAAGGAGAAUAUAGUGAGGCCAUCCCCAUCCUGAGGGCUGCCCUGAAGCUGGAACCUUCCAACAAGACGAUCCAUGCGGAGCUCUCAAAGCUGGUAAAGAAGCGCGCUGCACAGCGGAGCACAGAGAUCGCCCUGUACCGAAAGAUGCUGGGCAACCCCAGCCGGCUGCCCGCCAAGUGUCCGGGCAAGGGGACCUGGUCCAUCCCAUGGAAGUGGCUGUUUGGGGCGACUGCUGUGGCCCUGGGGGGCAUGGCUCUCUCUGUGGUCAUUGCUGCCAGGAAUUGACUGCCCCCCUGCACACCUGGACCCCAACCUGUGCUCCCCAACUUCCCCCAGGCUCCCUGUCCACUGCCCUCCCUGGCCGAGCCACCUCCUCUGGGUUGGGGGAGCAAGGAUUGAGGGUCACACACACCAACAAGCAGGAAGGACUGAGGCCCUGAAGGGGGACAUGGGGUACAGCCCAGGUGGAGGGGCCCCGUUGCUCCGGACCCAACUGUCUCUGUUCCACAUCCCUGCCCUCUGGGCUGUGGCCUCAGUUUUUCCCUCUCAUUAGGCCUGGGGCAGCCCUUACUACUAGUCCUGCCUACCUGCCCCCUGUCCAGGCUCCCCCACAGUGAAUGAAAUAAAGCCUCAUCCCACAAAAAAAAAAAAAAAAAA